GGUGGAAUAUUCCAGCUGGUUUAUCCUUGGUCUUAAAACGGACGCGCUGAAAUAGCGACAGGUAAACAGUCUGAUGUUCUGCAUGUUCCAUUGACAGCGUAGCAACUUCAAACACACAAGACAGUUAACAGACAAAAACAGAGACCAGUCUGCGUGAAAAAGAAAAGAAAGAGAACGAAAAAUAAGAUCCUGCGUAUACGUGAGCGUGUAGACGUCUCCACCACUGGAUUUAUCUAGAUUUUGUAAUCUUUGGAGAUCCUGUCAGCUGUUGUGUUGUGAGCCAGAGACAAUCAUGAUCCUCCUGACUCCAUCCUCUGAUGAAGAGUCUGUUGAACUCGCCUGGCUUUGGAAUCACAGGAAGUUCAGGCUUUGUGGGGGCAGAGGCAGUUUUUGGCUGGAGCGAGGCAGUGUCAGCAGUCAUUCCAUCUUGCUGACAAAGAGGUAGUUUUUACUGUCCUUUACACUGGAAAUGUUGUCUUCAAAACAAAUAAACAAUAUCAAGAUAACGUUGUGCACUUUGAGGAAACAGAAAGCUUAAUAAAACUUUUUCAGUAUGAUUUCAUGCAGUUUAAUAACGUAAACUGCUUGUUAUAAAGAAAGGCAGACCAGGAGAGGUUGUAGAUUUAUUUGUAUGCCACAAUCACCCUUAAAGCCUUGGCUGCAGUGGUAUUAAUAGAUUUGAACAGUUAGCUAUGUGAGUGCUGCUGCCACGUCCUUGUCUCAGGUCACUACGUUUGAUCAGAGAUAACAGGCUAAUUGAUCUCACGUCUGGUAUGUGUCAGUGCAGUAGGUCCAACUCACUCUCACUAUAGCCAAUGGUGUAUGUGGUAGUCCCCUAUAUUCAUACUGUUCCCCACACCAGUAUUUGUGUGUAUUUACCCCCUGAUUAAGAUCACAAUUGAGUGCACUUCACAUGCAUCCUCUUCAGACAUUGUAUCCUUUUUGACAUUCUUUUGACACAAUAUUAGCUAUAUAUAUGAAAGUUUACUGCAUGUCAUUGUGGCAGGUUUUUUUUGUCACAGUUAAAAUAUGUGUAAUAUGUUUAUUGCAUAGAAAUAACUGAUAAUGUAAUGAGUAGAUGAUGAUGAGGCACUCUUUAAUGUUGCAUGCUGUAGGCUGCGAAUGAAUAAAUGUACAUGACAAAUGCAUUUUAGUGAUCUGAAAGUGGAUGAAUGUAUCGUAAGGUUGGUCUCCGUCCAAUAAACGUACGUCUUGGUAAGUGAUGCUUCUUUUACAUAAGACGGGGGAAUCAAUUUCAAAUGAAUAUUUUGCACAUUUUGAAUACAGUAAAAAACACAAUAUGGAUUCCCAUUAGAUGGUUUAUUUCUCAGUUAUGCCUGGUAAAGUAUUAUGAUUACUUUCAUACUUUUUUUCCACAUUUGUCCUCUCUGUACAACUGAGGUUUGACUGAAGCUGGGAUAUAAUUAGUAAACUAUUCCCAUUCAGACCUAUUCACCAAAAGGUCAGCUGGUAUGGUCUCGCAAUCAUAGUAGGGAUUUAGCUUUUAGCUUUAGCUUCUUAAACCUCAGCAGAGGUUAUUGACCCAACACAGACAACUACUAACUGCUGUUAUUUUGUGGUCUCAGGUCUCUUCCAGUGUACCAACAAGUUCUUUCUGAGUGAUCAGGCCACAGGACUGCAGAUCAAGGAGUUUGCACGUAAAAAUGCUGCUAAUGCUCUGUCAGUUGCCAACAUGGUCAUGGGCAUGGCCUCCAUUCUCAGCAGUCUUAACGGGCACCAUCAUGCUGCAUGUUGGCUGGUUCUGAUUGGCUACCUGCUGGAUUUGGCAGACGGAGCAGUUGCCAGGCGACUCGGUGCCUGCUCUGAACUGGGUGCCAAGCUGGAUGAUUUCGCUGACUUCACGACUUUCGGGAUUGCCACAUCGUUGCUCCUAAGGACAUCGGACCUGCUGGACAACAUCCUGUGCAUGUGUUAUGUCCUAUCUGUGUUUGUCCGCCUCUGUUUCUUCACAAGCGGGAUCCCAUUCAUGUACCGCGGCCUGCCCUGCAUCUACUCCUCAGCCAUCCUGGCCAGUGCCUCUCUGCUGUCAGGAGGAAACAUGGCCAUUCUGCGGGUCAUUGCAAUGGCCAUGAUCCUCUUUAUGAUCAGUCAGAACUUCUACCCCCAUGACAGAGUGCUGGAGUCGCAGGCCUGGAAGAAAGUAGUCUAUGCUGGAGGAGUCGUCAUGUUGUUCUGCUCUUCCUUCCCCCCUGCCUGUGUGUACUACCUGCUGUGGUCUGUUUCAUACAUUUUGUUUCCAACAUCCCUUUGGAGCAGUAAAGUGUAAAGGGGUUCUGGCUUUUCCCCAAACUCCUAAAUAGGUUUACCUCUGGCCCGUAUGGGUGAACUGAGGCUUCCUGCCAUGGAGGAUCCAAGCUGAACAUGCUCAUGCACCACAGGGGAACAGUUGCUCUAUUUAACCUUUAUUUUGAUGUGACACCUCUAAGACAGAACCCAGAUCGAAUAGAGUUAGUGAGAGGGACGAGAGGGACAUUUUAAUGUUACUGGUAAGGAUUAACCUUCAUGCUGUUCUAUGUCUUUGCAGCAUUUUCACUGGAGCCAGGGGUUGACUGGCUUGUUCUAAAAACUGAAUUUUCAUCAGGUUUAUCUCCUGUAUAAUUCCUCUACUUCCGUAGUAAUCCAAUUUUUCAUCAAUGUUGUGAACACGUGGCAGCAGAGCACAUACUAUAACCAGAAAUGAUUUCAAACAAAAUAAUUACCAUAAUUUCAAAUAUAUGUUUGCCUCUAAUUUGGUUUUUAAAAUGUUUAGUUUUGUGAUCACACAGGACAUGAUAACUCUUAUUAUGAUGUCCACAGCGUAAAGCAUACCAUAGCUUAAUGUGUAGCUGUUGGAGUGCUACGGUAUGUGGGUAAGGCCUUUCUCAGCAGUAUUUUCAAGAUUUUAAACUGUUGUUUCUGGCUUAUCUAUAACACAGUAAUCGGCAUUCAUUCAACACUAUGACCAGUCUUGUGUUAAUUGACUGUUAAUGUUUGUGUCAGGGUUGGGGUCGCUUCACUUUCAUAGCAUUCAGGAUGUGGGUUUCCUUUAAUAUUCCACUUUUUCCAUUUUGUAAGUGAAACACACAAUGUUGCAGUCAUUCUAAUUAUUUGAUUUGCUGUUUGAAUGUAUGUUUUAAAUGAGUUGAAUUGAAAGUCAAUGGACCCCAACCUUGGAUUUUUGAAUUUGGGACUUAUUUUUUUUUACUUUAAGCUUUUUACCAAGUUGUGACUCUGUCCAAGAAAUGAUUUACAUAUUUCUUUAUGUGUGAUUUUAUUGGGCCAUUGUAUGUGUUUGCCUCUGUUUUAAGAGGCAUUGCAGUUAUAAUAAUAAAUCUACACUGGAUCACCAUCACAUCUCAUAGUACUCCUCUGGCCACAGCUGGAUGAGUGAUGUCACUGCAGGUGUUUGCAGUCACUUGUCAAACCACCUGCAGUGACAUCAGUGGUGGAUGUGGAGUCACAACAUUUAACAUGAGUAGAUGUUGCAACCCAUAAAUAGCACUGCAGCAGCAGUUUUCUGCCUCAUGUGGUUGAAUUUACCCUUAAAGAGCAACAACACACAGGCUGCAAAUCCUGCUUUUUCUGCCAUCUAGUGGGUAAACUUUCACCUUGCUGAAAGUUCUGCCUCCACCUUGAAGUUACUACAAGGAUGUUUUUUUAACUGGCUAUGAAACAGUGUCCAUGUAAUACUGAUGCCUCUAUGAGACCUACAGAAGCUAAUGAUAAGCGAGAAGAUGGUUAUUAUUAUUCUAAAUGUUUGUCACUUGCAGUGUUGGGCAAAUUACUUUACUGUCUCUGUAGAGUAACGGGUUACUAAUUACAUUACCACAGGAGUAUGACUAAGAUGGAAGAGGGUAAUGUUGUUUCAUAGCGGGAAAUGAAAGCACAAAAGCUCAAGUUUAUUGCAGUUCUUUACAAAUCCAGUAGUGGGCUAUAUUGUAUAGCCUAAUGAAGGCGCUCCUCUGGAACACGACAGAAACAAAAUAACACUCACUAAAACCAUCUUGGUCAGUCUGUCCACCAAUCCAAGAAUCACAAACUCUGGUUUCACAGAGUAAGGUGUGAAAAUAUUUAGGCUCUACACCGAUAUACACGUAAUCGUCCAAUCACCCAACCCUAGUGGUAACACGUCACUUUAUAUUACUUUGUUUCUGGUAAAAGAAAUAUAUUACUGUAACACACAAGUACACACGUAAGUGGUUGGUCAAAACACUGGUCACUGGGUCCGAUUCCUUAUCAGGAAUCAGACAAUCAGACAAAUACAAUUUAUGGCACGCAGACCAGUAGAGGCUACAUUUUCCCAGACAAAGUUUCGCAAUGAGUUGUACGUUAGCCAGCUAAAAGGAAGCAGGAGGAGGUUUUUGUUUAAUUUUGACAUUAUAUAUCAUGAUUAUGGCUGACACUGGGACAGGAUCAUAAUUUUUCUUUCACUCUCAACCAAAAUAAUUGCAUGUGCUAGCCAGAUCAAGAUUACAAUGCAAGGUGGUGGAAACGCUACCGCUUUGUCCCCAGGGGCUGCCAAAAUCAACACAAAAUGAAACUUCCUUGUAGUUAUUUUAAAAGUGUUGUAACACUGCACUAUUAGGUUGAUAUUGACUGUACUCACAAAUGUACCACUGGAACGUAAACUCUAUGAGUGCAAGGAAGGAGAGCAAGUGUGACGUUACUCUUACUGGAGUCAAAUUCCAUACAUGUGUACACUUGGCCAGUGAAGCUGAUUCUGACUUUAAAGCUGAUCCUGAUUUAACUUGGCCAGUAUUCAGUCUGAGGGACAUCACUUUUUGUAGUUCAGUCCUUUUUUAACAAGGACAUCACAUGAUGUUUUUCUGUAUUUAUGCCUCUCUGCACAGUGAGUGACAAAUGGGAAGAUUAUAGUCUUGUAGGACGUUGUUCAGAAUAGCACAGAGUAACAGGCAAAAACAUCUCAACCCUAAAGGCUACUGAUGCCCCCUAAUUCAAAUUUCGACUCCCUCCAUACGUUCUGAAAACUGUAAUCCUUGAAGAUGUAAUCAGAGGUGUCAAUUUAUGGAUUAUCUAAAUAAGUCUCCCUCACAGAGUCGCAAAAACUGAGCAGGCUGAGCAAAAUUUCAUAAAUCAUGAUAAUUGAUACAAAAGGUCAUGUCUUCAGGGUCUGAUAUUUAUUGAAACCCACUGUGGUUCUUGACAUGAUUUAUGAGGACCAAUGUUAUGAAGAAAAUCAACAGUGUAAAGUGCAUACGCAGACUGACCACAAAUCUACAUUCAGCAGUGCAUUCAGCUUUCCUUUGUGGGUGUUUUGGUUUUCAAACUAAAGCCACAGUAAUGUAUGCAUGCCAAGAGCAUUACAGAUACUAAACUUUGCCCGGUGAUAAAAUAAGACAGAAGAUGGAUAAUAAGAUAUGUGCUUUUAAGUCUGUACAUUUUUGACAAUAAAGAGGUAGUAAUAAAAUGA